CCACUAUUUUGAUGUUGGUAGCACUAGGUAACUUUGUUGACAAUUUCUGUGAAGUGUAAAACAAGUAUUUUCUUAACAAAUCGAAAAAUUAAAGCCAAAUAAUGAUGGGCGAAGAAGAAAAACCACCGGAACGUACUCGAUGUUUUUUCGAUAUCAGCAUUGGUGGUUUACAAUCGGGGAGAAUCAUUUUCGAAUUGUUUAAUGAUGUGGUUCCGAAAACUUGUGAGAAUUUUAGGGCUUUAUGUACAGGAGAGAAAGGUUUAGGUGAAACUACUAAUAAACCCUUAAACUAUAAUGGUGUGAUUUUUCAUCGGGUUGUUAAAGAUUUUAUGAUACAAGGAGGUGAUUUUUCGAAUGGAAAUGGUACCGGCGGUGAAAGUAUUUAUGGGGGAACAUUCGAAGAUGAAUCGUUUGAGAUUAAACAUGAUGAUCCUUUCUUACUUUCAAUGGCUAAUAGGGGUAAAGAUACAAAUGGAUCUCAAUUUUUUAUUACGACGCAACCCGCCAGCCAUCUCGACAAUGUGCAUGUGGUUUUUGGUAGAGUUAUCGGCGGGGCGGACGUUGUUCGACAGAUCGAGUCAUUGCCAGUCGAUACAAACAGUAGACCUUUACAGGAUGCGAAGAUUGCAAGGUGUGGAGAAUUAAUUCGACAAGUAAAAGUUAAAAAAGAGAAGAAGAAGAAAAAGGUAAGUGAAAGUCAAAGUGAGGGUGAAGUUGAUGAGGAAAAGAAAAAGAAGAAAAAAGAUGUUAAAGAUAAAAAACGAGAUAAAAAAGAGAAAAAGUCGCAUAAAAAGAAUAAAAAGGAAGGGACGGACGAAGAUGGGGAAAUAAAAGACGAUAAUAUCCACCCUUUAGCUGUAAUAUCCAAUAUAAACCCAGAGGAUAUUCCUGAUGUUCCUGUUAAUAAAUUUUUAAUGCGUGGUGGACCAAAUAAAGAUAAUAACAACAAAAAAGAUGACCGUAAUCGGGACGAUCGACGAAACAAUAAUCGAGGUGGUGAUAGAUUCCCACGAAGAGAUUGGGAUAGACGCGGUUAUAAUAAUAGAAGGGAUCGGGGACAAGCUGUAACAAAAAGUGGUCGUGUUAUCAAAGGAAGAGGAGUUUUUCGUUUUCGAACACCAUCAAGAAGUCGCUCGCGCAGCGUAACCCCAAUUCAUUGGAAACAAGAAGAACGUCGCGUUAUAAAACUUUCAGAUUACAAGAAAAUAGAAGCGACUCGCCAUCAAGAGAGAAACUCUAAAUCGCCCUCUUUCGAUAAAGGGGGGCACACUCCUGAGAAUAAUCGAAAGGAUGAUCGGAAAGAAAAUGAGAAAAACAUUGAUUACAACGCUUUGGAUUAUGAGGAAAAUCAAACUGAUGAAGAAAAUGAGAUUCCGAAGAAAAAGGUACCAAGUUUGGUUCAAUAUCCACUUCCCGGAUCGUUUAAUCCAAUUGAAACAGGAUCAAAAGACGAAAUUUUUAAUCAAAUCAACAAUGCUGAAGAGGAAAUUGAAGGAAUGAUGACAAAUAAACGUUCGGAAGCUUUAGCGAUGGCUUUAGGUGUACAAAUAAAAACAGGGGAAGAUCCUCCAACCGGGGAAAUUAUUAUAAGUGGUUUUCAAAAGAAGAAAAAGUUUAAUGAAAUCAUUGAACCCGAAAUCAACAUCCCUAAAGAUCAUCAAAAACCUCAAGAAAAACGUAUGGAAAGAAAUAAAUUUGAAAACGAAAAACCGGAUCGAAACGCGCCAUCAGACCGAUUUUAUCACCGUAACGGGCGUGAUUUAGAUCAGCGUAGAAGUGGUUAUCGAAGAGGUGUUGAUAGAAGACCCCCACAAAGAGAACCACCGAUGAGACGUUUCGAUGACCGCUUUGGAAGAAAUCGUUUCGCCGAAAAAAAACGUUUUACCGACAAAAACACCUUUACAGGAAAAAAAUCCCGAUCAAGAGAACGUCGGAGAUCAAGAUCACGCGAUCGACGAUCCCGAAGUCGCGAAAGACGUCCGAGACAAAGAUCUAGAUCGAAAGAACGCGAUACAUCGCGAGAUCGUAAAGAAUCCCGCCCCCGUAAAAACUCCGAAAAAGAAGAAGAACCAAACAAGGAAACUAAAAAAAUCGAAAGUGAUACGGAAAAAUUUAAAAGGCGCGCCGAACAAAUUCUCUUAUUAAAGAAAAAAAUGGAAUUAGAAUUACUUCAAAUGAAACAAAAAAAGCAAGAUGAGGAAGAAAGAGAAAAGCAAUUAUUGUUAUUGGAAAAACAACGUAAAGCCCGCGAAGAAGCUGAAAUGUUAGAACGAGCCAAAAAAGCUCAAAGAGUAGCCGUUGAAAAGGAGAAAUUAAUCAAAGCGGUUAAAGUUAUUAAUGAAAUUGAUAAAAAAGCCAGAAAACGGUCGAAAUCGUCGUCUUCUAGUAGUAGCACGUCUUCGAGUUCUUCUUACAGCUCAGAUUCAUCGAGAGAUGAUAAAAGUAAGCUUAAAAAUAAGAGAAGAGGGCGGAAAUCGAGCAGUAGCAGCACUGAUUAUAGACGGAAAACUCGUACUCCUCCAAAAAGAGAAAAACGAAAGUAAAAAAUAAAUAAAAAUUUUAUUGAAGACUAUUGAAUUAUUACAGUAAUAGAUUAUUAAGGUUUCUUUGAUUUACAGUAAUUUCAUUAUAUUUGUGUAAUGUAUUUAGAAAAUGGUAAUUUUAAAAGAAUUGUAAGUUUUUUUUCGUGAGA